AUGAAAGAGCUCACUGACACUCUCCAAAAAGAGAGGGACAGGAGCAAGAAAGCGCAGGCUGUGAUGUGCAUGGCAUUGGAGAAGGAGGUGGUAUGUUGUAAAGAGAUAGAGUACCAUAAAAAACUUGUUAAAGAAAAUAAUUUUAGAAUUGAGGAGCUGACCUCAAAGCUCAAAACCGAGACAGCUGAGAAGAAGGUCCUUGGCCAAGUGAAGACAGCCCUCUGCAAACAAAGAGAUGAUCAAGCCAACAGGCUGAAGACAUCUGAAAUGGAGAGGGAAGCUCCCAGGCAACAGGUGGAUGAGCUCCAGGAAACUGACAACAAGCUUAAGGUAGAAAUGGAUGAAAACAGGCUCUGGAACAAGAGAGCAGAGAUUAAGCACAAGCAGGCCCUAGAAGAGGAAAAUGAAGUACUGAAUGAGAAGAUAGGGGACCUGAAAUUGCUACGGGAAUUGAUGAUAGAGAGAAACAUGGAGCUCAGCACCUUGCUUAAAUUACAGAUGGACGAGAAGGCAGCACUGCAGAGAGACAUGCUCCAAGGAGAGACUGCCAUGAGCGAGGAGGAGCAGGCUGUGAUGCCCACAGUACUGGAGUUCAUAGUUGAUGAGGACAACAGUCAACAGGAAGAGGUGCCAGACUCUGGAGAAGAGGAUGGCAAAGAUGGAGAAGAUUUCCAGAAAAAGUCAAAGAAACCAUCCUUCUUCAGAAGAUGCAUCAAGGACCUGGACAUUGGACAAGAUAGGAACUGGAAGGGCAUUGGCAUCUCUCUUCUGGUUAUUCUUGUGGUGCUUUCACUCAUUGGACUAUCCAUUGUUCUUCUGUCAAGAGAUGAUGGUAACAAGUCCUUGGGCUCUCAGCUGACACUGGAUGACCUCUUUCAAAGAAACUUCCAAGUGCAUGACCCGGAUGCAAAGUGGAUCAAUGAGGAGGAGAUGAUUUUUCGGAGCUGGGAUGGAGAUGUUUUGAAAGCCAGCGUACACAGCAACGAGACACAGCUCCUGCUGAAAAACACCACAUUUGCAACUUUUAAGGCCUCUAAGUUUGCUGUUUCUCCAGACCUGAACUUUGUUCUUCUGGGAUAUGAUGUCAAGCAGGUGUACCAGCACUCUUUCUUGGCUUCAUACUUGAUCUACAACUUGCAUACCAGAGAGGUGCGGGAGCUAAACCCUCCAGAGGUGUCAGAUUCAGUGCUCCAGUUCGCCUCCUGGGGUGUUCAUGGCCAACAGCUGAUGUAUAUAUUUGAAAACAACAUUUACUACCAAACAGAUGUUCAAAGCAGCUCUUGGAGGCUCACAUCUUCUGGACAGGAAGGAAUCAUCUUUAAUGGCAUUUCUGACUGGCUCUACGAAGAGGAGGUGCUGCACACCCAGGUGGCCCACUGGUGGUCGCCUGAUGGCUCCAGACUGGCCUACUUGACCAUCAACGACACCCUGGUCCCCAACAUGUUCCUGCCUCGCUUCACGGGCUCCCUGUAUCCCAGGGGAAAACAGUACCCUUACCCAAAGAUGGGUCAAACCAAUCCGACUGUUAAACUCUACGUCGUCACCUUAGAUGGAAGCUCCCAAAUGACUGAACUGCAACCUCCGGACAGUUUUGAGAAGAGUGAGUAUUACAUCACCAUGGUGAAAUGGGUGACAGAGGAGGCAUUGGCAGUGCGCUGGGUGAAUCGAGCUCAAAACAUGUCAAUCCUGUCACUGUGUAAUGCUACCACAGCUGAGUGUGUAAAGAAACAUGUGAUGACGUCAGAGAAGUGGCUUGAUCGUCAGAAUGAGGAGCCAGUUUUUUCCAAGGAUGGCACAGUGUUCUUCAUCACCAUGCCCCUGAAACACGGUGGACGCGGGGCAUUCAACCACAUCACCAUGAUAUCCAACCAGUCCCAGGGUCAAGAGGUCAACCUUCGCCACCUGACCUCAGGAAGUUGGGAAGUCUCUCAGGUCCUGGCUUAUGACCAGAGCACAAACUUGGUGUAUUUCCUAAGUACAGAGGGUGAUGCAACCCAGAGACAAUUGUACAGGGUCUCCACUGUGGAUCCAUUUCAGAGAGAAUGCCUCUCCUGCUCCCUCUUCAAACCACAGUGCACCUACUACGACGCUAUCCUCAGCCCAGACUAUCACCAUGUUCUGCUGAACUGUAGAGGUCCUGGAAUUCCCCAGACCACUCUUCACAAGCUAAAUGAUAUGAACAGGAAUGGCAUCCUGGAGAAGAACGCAGUAUUAAGAGAUGCACUGAUAAGCAGGACAAUACCCAAGAGGGAGAGGAGAACAGUACUAAUCAAAAACUUUGCACUUCCUCUGGAAUUAACUCUUCCUGUGGAUUUGGAUGAAACCAAUCAGCACCCACUUUUACUGAUUAUUGGCAGCGCCCCUGGUGGCCAGUCUGUGAGCGACCGCUUUGUUCUCAACUGGGACUCUGUGCUGGUCAGUUCAGAUAAAGUCAUCGUGGCUCGUCUUGACGGACGGGGCAGUGGCUUCCAGGGCCAGAGGAUCCUGCAUGAGGUCCACCAGCAACUGGGAACUGUGGAGGUUCAGGACCACAUUGCAGCUCUGGAGUAUCUGAUCAGGCUGCCCUACAUUGAUAGCAACAAAGUCGGAGUUUAUGGGAAGGCUUAUGGAGGAUUCCUAAGUGCUGUUCUGCUCCUCUCCUAUGGCUCCAUGUUCAAAUGUGGCAUCGCUGUCGCUCCUGUAACAGACUGGAGACUCUUUGGGUCUGCCUUCACCGAGAAGUUUUUUGGCUUUCCAGCGAAAGAGGAUCGCAAAUACCAAAUCUCCAGUCUGCUCAGUAAUAUCACAGCACCAAGUCAACCGGACUUUCUCAUUAUACAUGGCACGGCAGAUGCCACUGUUCAUUUCCAGCAUUCUGCUGAGUUGGUGAAACUGCUGUCUGCAUCAAAUGUUAACUACACUCUGCAGAUUUUCCCAGAUGAAGGCCACAACAUUGCAUCUGUCAAGAGCCAAUACUACAUGCUAAAUUCAGUGAUCACCUUCUUCAGGCAGUGCUUUGAGGAGGAGCAGGUUCAUGAGGCGCUGACAGCCAAGGAGGAUGACUAGCCUGUAGCCUGUCCCUCUGUGGUGUCUUUUUUUUUUUUUUUCAAACAUAGAAAUUGAAAAGAAGAGUCUAGCGACUGCUUUAAUGAGCCAACAUAGAGAUGCUAUGUUUUCCUGAAGGGCUGCUGUCUGUGAAUGCACUCCAAGAGGAUUAGUAAAAACAAAAGGCAUAUAUAGAAGAUAAAGAGGACUCUCCUGUCUGUGUGACAUACAGUACAUGUCUUAUUCUGUCAUGAACACCACCACUUGAGAGUAGUAUUACAUAUGCCUGAAACAGCAAGGUAGCAUGGUAAUUUUGAGGUUGUGGUGAUUAAGCUGUCAAAUUGACGAGACGGUGUCAGUAUUCCUGCUCUUUAUGUAAUCGUUCCGAUUAUAAUUAUGUUAUAAUGUUUCUACCAUGUACCAAGUACCAAUGUCAGGGAAUGAAACAAAUGUGUAUUUUUCCAUUUUAGAGCAUAAUUAUUUUCUGACUGGUGUAAUCUACUGUGAAUAUUUCCAGAUUUUUAUUCAGAUACCAAUGCCAAUUUACUAUUACCAAAAUUUAGCCCAUCGUUUCACAGAACAAUCUUUGCAGGUGCCUUUACUUCAUUUCAGUUGUCACAUUUUCCAACUGUAGGCAAACAUUGCAUUACUAAAAAUUCCAUUAAAUUAUAUCUAAGAGAGCACUAACGGGGCUGAGAGCAUCUGCAGCUGACGUAGUGUUCGCUUCUUAAGCCAUGAGACAAAGACGUCCAAAAACUUGCCAUUCGGUAGUUAAAAUCCAAUUGAGGUGAAGCAAAGAAAAUAAGUAAAUGAGACAGCUGGACUUAAAGAAAAUUUCCGCAAGUCUUUUGGGGUCGAUAAUGGUAACACGCCCCAUGACAUUUCUAUUUGCAAGAACAAUUUGCUUCUAACUUCAGUAAUGAAGACAACAUAUAUAUAUUUAUAUAGUUUUUGUGUGCAUACUGAUAAGGAGCAGAGCCCUGAUAUCUACACAAGAUAAAUCAUAAAUGUCAUUUUCUCAUUUGGGGCGCAGCAUUUCCACCAAAUGUGCUGGAUUCAGUAAUAGUGUGACAGUCUUAUUACAGCAUUUUCCAUUAAGCACAGGUGGGGUCUGUGGCAAUCAGGGAAAUCAUAUAAUGAGUUUCAUAGCAAUAAGAUUAUACCCUUAGUCUAGAUAGGUUAGAUUUCCAAGGCAUUGCAUGGCCAGCUUAGUAAUUAAUUUUAGAAUUUUUUGACAAUUAAUCUUUGCUCUAAGACUUGAAAUACAUUUCCAGUGAAAUAUUUGGUUUUAAUGUUGACGACCAGGAACAUCAGUUUGAUUACAUUUCUUUUCCCUCAAGUGUCAAUGCACAACAUCCCGAGAUGUGAAAAAUGGGGAAAAAGAGCAAGCAAACUUUGAAAUGAUGAACAAGUUUAUGGUAUGCCAGUGUGUAAUGCUUUGUCCAUAACCAGACUUCUUUAAUACUGUUUGAUGACUAAUUCCCUCCGUGAAUGAAAUGUGUGGAAAAUGUAGCAAACCUAUUAGAAACCAUACUCUGACCAUAAUCCUGUGUUGUUUACACUUCACUACUUACUUGGUUCAUUAUACUGAAACUGAGUCACACCUGUACAGUAUAGUAAAUGUCCUCAGUAGAGUUCAUUUGUAUAUGAAGUAAAACUUUGCACACAGAAAUAAAAUUAUCAAACUUGACAGCCUUCUGUCAGUA